AUGAUGGUGGUGAUGGUGGUUGUGGUCGUGGUGAUGAUGGUGGUGGCCACGGUGAUGAAGGUCGUGGUGGUGACCGUGGUGGUCGUGGUGAUGAAGAUGGUGGCCAUGGCGAUGGUGGUGGCCAUGGGGGUGGUCAUGGGUCCUCAUGGUGGUCAUGGUGAUGAAGACAGUGGUCAUGGUGAUGAAGAUGGUGGCCAUGGCGAUGGUGGUGGCCACGGUGAUGAAGGUCGUGGUGGUGACCGUGGUGGUCGUGGUGAUGAAGAUGGUGGCCAUGGCGAUGGUGGUGGCCAUGGUGGUGGUCAUGGUGAUGAAGACGGUGCCCAUGGUGAUGAAGAUGGUGGCCAUGGCGAUGGUGGUGGCCACGGUGAUGAUGCUCAUGGUGGUGACGAUGGUCAUGAUGACGAUGGUGGUCAUGGUGAUGAAGACAGUGGUCAUGGUGAUGAAGAUGGUGGUCAUGGUGAGGAUGGUGUCAUGACGAAGGUCAUAGUGGUGGUCAUGGUGGUCAUGGUGAUGAAGAUGGUGGUCAUGGCGAUGAUGGUGUCAUGAUGAAGGUCAUGGUGGUGACCGUGGUGAUCAUGGUGAUGAAGACGGUGGUCAUGGUGAUGAUGGUGUCAUGAUGAAGGUCAUGGUGGUGACCAUGGUGGCCAUGGCGAUGAUGGUGACGGUGGUGGUGGC